GUUUGUAAGGUGGAGGAGGACGGGGUUUUCAGUGACCAGCACCUCGAUAACCUGGAGAGGAGCUGCAGCCCGGACCAGGAGGAACCAGGGCAUCCACAGACUACAGAACUGGAGGAAGACUCCAGCGGUCAGGAGAUGAAGCACGAGGACGUAGAGGUGGAUGUCUCAUUGGUCAAUGUCGCUGAUGUGAAAGUUGAAAAUGGUGAACCAGGACCAAACUGUGUCCAGCUGCUGUUGCACACUUCUCCUGAAGCUCAAAACAAAGAUGAGGAAGGAACUGAAAGUUUACGCUCAGACUCCAGUAAAACUGCAGAUCCACAGCCAAUGAGACGACACGGUGACCGCGAAGAUGCUGCUGUCCCGUCAGACAGCAACUGUAAAUCAAAGCUGACCAGGACCCACACAGGGAAGAAGGCGUUUUCUUGCAGCACUUGCAAGAAAGAGUUCAGUAAAAGUCAUAUUUUAAUGAAUCACAUGAAGAUCCACACUGGCGAAAGGCCCUACCUGUGCAGCACCUGCGGAAAAUUGUUUAGAAAGUCAUCAACAUUCAAUAAGCAUAAAAUGAUCCACAUGGGCGAGAAGCCCUACAUCUGCAAAACAUGUGGAAAAAGUUACACAGACCGUUCCAGCCUGCUGGUUCACUCGAGGACCCACACUGGCGAAAGGCCGUACCUGUGCAACACCUGCGGCAAAAGCUUUACUAGAUCAUCACUUCUUAAAAGCCACAUAACCACGCACACGGGCGAGAAACCCUUCAUCUGCAAAACAUGUGGAAAAAGUUACACAGAACGUUCCAGCCUGCUGGUUCACUCGAGGACCCACACCGGCCAAAAGCCGUACCUGUGCAACACCUGCAGCAACGCCUUUACUUAUUUAUCAGCUCUUAAGCGCCACAUAACCACACACACGGGCGAGAAGCCCUACAUCUGCAAAACAUGUGGAAAGAGGUACACAGAACGUUCAACCCUUGUGAUUCACUUGAGGACCCACACCGGUGAAAGGCCGUACCUGUGCAACACCUGUGGAAAAACCUUUACUAAAACAUCACAUCUUAAACGGCACAUAACCACUCACAUGGGUGAAAGUGAUAUUUGUGCAAGACGUGCAACAAAGGUUUUAGCUGCAGAAUGGAUUUUUCAACAUUUACUGGAAUUUAAACUGAGCAGAGAGAACUUGGAAGCAGGACUGAAGAUCACAAAACUGCAUCUGGACGAACCAGCAAACUUCAGGAACCGUGUCAUCAAGAUUCAGCACCAGCAGCAGGAUGACGACAGCCAUCAGGACGACGGAGCAGAUAUGACGUGGACUCUGAAUGAGCGGAAAGACUCCGCCCUCCAGCUCACGUCCAGCCGGUUGUCCAGACUCAGGGGAGACGCUGCACAGCGUCUUCCUCAGCUGGUAGAGACCGUUGCCGUUGUGCAGCACCGAGCCAACGGUCAUUUCCUCCUCGUCCACGGGUUCACCGCCCCGCAGCAGCGUCAGGUUGAUGUGGCGAGGGAAGUGGGUCGUGUUACACACUACGCUUUCGGCAUCAUGACCAUUCACACCAUCCCUGACCAUGAGGAAAUUAUGCUGAUCGUCUUCCUGGUCCCCACAAACCACCAUCCUCUGAAUGUUUGUAAGGUGGAGGAGGACGGGGUUUUCAGUGACCAGCACCUGGAUAACCUGGAGAGGAGCUGCAGCCCGGACCAGGAAGAACCAGGGCAUCCACAGACUACAGAACUGGAGGAAGACUCCAGCGGUCAGGAGAUGAAGCACGAGGACAUAGAGGUGGAUGUCUCAUUGGUCAAUGUCGCUGAUGUGAAAGUUGAAAAUGGUGAACCAGGACCAAACUGUGGCCAGCUGCUGUUGCACACUUCUCCUGAAGCUCAAAACAAAGAUGAGGAAGGGACUGAAAGUUUACGCUCAGACUCCAGUAAAACUGCAGAACCGGUGCCAAUGAGACGACACGGUGACCACGAAGAUGCUUCUGUCCUGUCAGACAGCAACUGUAAAUCAAAGCUGACCAGGACCCAAACGGGGAAAAAGGUAUUUUCUUGCAGCACUUGCAGGGAAGAUUUCAGUAAAAGUUGUAAUUUAAUGGAUCACAUGAAGAUCCACGCUGGCGAAAGGCCGUACCUGUGCAACACCUGCGACAAAACCUUUACUACAUUAUCAAUUCUUAAACGGCACAUAACCACGCACACGGGCGAGAAGCCCUACAUAUGCAAAACAUGUGGAAAAAGUUACAAGCAACGUUCCAACCUGGUGGUUCACUCAAGGACCCACACUGGCGAAAAGCCGUACCUGUGCAACACCUGCGGAAAAUCGUUUGGACUAGCAUCACUUCUUAAAAAUCACAUAUACACGCACACGGGCGAGAAGCCCUACAUCUGCAAAACAUGUGGAAAAAGUUACAGGCAACGUUCCCACCUGGUGGGUCACUCGAGGACCCACACCGGCGAAAAGCCAUACCUGUGCAACACCUGCGGAAAAUCGUUUGGACACGCAUCACUUCUUAAAAAUUACAUAUACACGCACACAGGCGAGAAGCCCUACAUCUGCAAAACAUGUGGAAAAAGUUACAGGCUACGUUCCACCCUGGUGGCUCACUCGAGGACCCACACCGGCGAAAGGCCGUACCUGUGCAACACCUGCAGCAAAACCUUUACUCAAUCAUCAGCUCUUAAACAGCACAUAACCACGCACAUGGACGAGAAGCGAUAUUUGUGCAAGACGUGCAACAAAGGUUUUAGCCGCAGAAUUGAUUUGCUGAGUCACAUGAAAAAUCACCCGGAGGAGAAGUCUGGUGACUCGUGAUAAAUGUAGCUCAUGUUGUCGUCCUCCGGGGGCAGCUGUCCACUCCUGUCUGACCCACAGAAGAAGAACCCGCAGAAGUCCAACCACCACCUCCUGUGGCUGAUGAGCCUAAUCCCCUCCCCACAAGGGUUGCAGGUUCAACCCGGAUUUAUGUUUCUCCGUCAACUUGACGCAGAGGGAACGAUGUGGUUGUCUACUUUUUUAUUUAAAUUCUGAAUUGAGUUUGUUUGAAUCCCUGUUCCUUCUUAAAAUCAUAUUAUUUGUUGCUGUUGGUAACUUGUCGUCUCCACGGUGCAAAUAAAGAGCUGUUAGUAUUUGCUGAAGUUUCUUUAAACGUUUAUUUCGUUCAUCUACAAAGCCUCUCUCACAUGUCCUUUUUCCCAUCUGUUUCUUCUUCACUCACAUUCUCUUUGUAAAGUUAAUCUGCAGCUCCAUGUUGUUAAACUCUCUCCAUCUACUCCGUUCAGAGUUUAGUCCAAGUUUGAUAUAUUUACGUGUUCAGUUUUUAUAACGUUCCUCUGAAAAACAUGAAGAAUCUUCAGAGAAACGAGGACAAACAGGGAAACAAAUAACGAUACUUGAGUCACGAUACAAUACGAUAUUGCGGUAUCCAAAUUUUGCAAUAUAUUGUGAUGUUAUACAUAGUUCGCUGAAAACUGUAAAAGGCUUUAAGAAUUUUAAAUCUGAGCUGCGUGUACAUAGGAUUAUGGUGAUAAUUCAUGGGACAAACUAAGUC